AGCUGUUGCUGUCCUUCACUGUAACAGAGACGGGUUUAAGCGAGCCCAGAGAGAGACAAGCAAGUACUGGGCGGAGUUGUUGGAAACACUUUACUAAAAAGUAACGGCUAACAGCAUUCUAUAAAUCUGGAUCCAGAUGACUUCAUUCCAAAGGAUCUGGGACCAAAUAAUUCAGUUUGGGGCCUUCUUUCCCUUCUAGUUGGACUCGUUCAAACAUGGAGACUCAACAGUCCAAGACUAAAGACGAAGAGCUAGCUGAAGCCAUAAUGGCUCGGUGUUUCCACCCUUCCUUGAUCGGUCCGGAGGCCUGGGAGGGAUACGUCUUUUCUGACAUGGAGAUCCGCAUCAAAGAGUCCACAGACCUCUACGGCGCUGUACUCUGGCCCUCAGCGAUGGUGUUGUGUCAUUUCUUAGAGACCAACCGAGACCAGCACAACCUGAAGGACAAAAAUGUGAUCGAACUUGGUGCUGGAACCGGGCUCGUCUCCAUCGUGUCCAGCUUGUUAGGUGCAAAGGUGACCUCCACCGACCUGCCGGAUCUGCUGGGAAACCUUCAGUACAACGUCACACGGAACACCAAGGGCCAAUGCAAGUACAUCCCUCUGGUCACAGAGCUGAGCUGGGGUCAGGGGGUGGAGCAGCGUUUCCCACGGGCCACUCAUUGUUUCGAUUACAUCCUGGCGGCCGACGUGGUGUACGCCCAUCCCUACCUGCAGGAGCUGAUGGACACCUUUGACCACCUGUGCCAGGAGAACACACAGAUCCUGUGGGCCAUGCGCUUUCGUCUGGACCGGGAGAACAGCUUCGUUGAGCGCUUUCGGCAGCGCUUCCACCUGGAGGAGCUGUACGACCUGCCGAGUCUGAGUAUCAAACUGUACCGAGCCUGGAGGAGGGACGUGAGGACGGAGGAUGGAGGAGAGGCCGCCGCCUGAAUGGCUGUUCAUUGUGUUGGUGAUUUCAGAAGGAGGCUUUGGUAAAAUGUGUUAAUUGUUUUGCCGAAUGGGAAUGUUUGUAAUGUCAUCUGUUUUUUAUGGAUCUCAUGUGCAAAUGUUUAAAUGUCACAUUUUAUUUACAAUAUUGACAGGGGAAUUGUAUCUCCAAAAUGGUCUUUGAAUUCAAUUUGAAGAGGGAUCAACAAAAAGUCUGUUAUUGCUGCUCUGAUCAUUAAAUGAACUGGAAAAUU